UUCUAUUGACAAAAAUGAAAACCCAGUAACUGAAAGCCUAAAAGUCAUAAUCGCCUGCUUUAAAUUCGGGUGAAAACUUAUAGAAAAAACCUAUGAAAGAGAUACUGCCGAUAAACUAAUAUCCAGCUCAAUGGUUGCUGCCGCAGAACCCGGCUCAAAUUGGUCUAAAUGUGCUCUAAAUGCGCCUAAGCAAUCUCCAUUGGAUCGUUCAACUAUCUAUAAUUAUCUGCGCAAUCGGCAUAGAAGGUCAGCCCAGCGGUAUAAAAAAUCGCGAAAAGAUGGAAUCUUUCUGGAACGGUGAUUACAGGGAGAGUUCAUAUGCAAAUGCUGAUGUGGAGAGAAGAAUAAAGCGGUCUAAUUGUGAAGGUCUACUGGAUGCAGAUCCAAUUGCUCCUGGCAUGGACACUCAGGCUUCGGAUCAAAAUGUUAUGAACACCUGCCAAAUGGUUCCGAAUGUAGCUCCUCCAGCUGCUCCAGUUGCCCCUGCAUCCCCCGUUUCCCCAGUUUCGGACUUCUUCCAAUCCAACAAUUGGCAACCCCAACAAACAGAGUUGCAACCCCAGCAGCAGAUGCAACAGCAACAACAGCAGUCAUGUCCUCUCAGCAGAAUCACCCAGGGAACUCCGAAUGCGUAUUCCGAACAGGAUGAAACGGAGCAGCGGCGCCAGGAGCUGCGCAAUCUAGUCCAGCAUUUGUACGUGGCCCAGGCGAGGGUCCAACUGGAGGCCACCGAGAUCAGGAAGGCGCAAUCGGUGGCCUCGUCGGCGCAGGCGCAGCUGGAGGAGUCGGCGAACCAUGUGAGGAGCAUCACCUCCUCGCUGCACACCGCCCAGCAGGAAGUCGCGGCCUCGGCGAUUCGGGCACAGAUUGCCCAACUCCAAUUGGCUGCCCAUGAUCAACUGCUGUUCGCCGCUCGCCAGGAUGUGGAUGCUCUGUCCUCGCAAAUGGUGGGCUUGCAGGCGGCGGAAGGGAUUGUGCAACCGAAACUCACAGUGGAUCUACAUGCUCUGCUGGACAAGCUGAAGCAACCUCUGCAGCAAUAUGAUAGGCCCACCGCGGUUCCUGUUAUAGCUCCCAGUCUCCCGGGAACUUUGGCCCAUCAGCAGCAGCAGUUGCAGCAGAUGCAACAGCAACAGCAGCUGGGGCAGGGUCAAAGUCAAAGUCAAGGUCAGGGUCAAAAUCAGGUUCCUACGAAUCCUACGAAUGGAGCCGCUCCCAGCGAUUUCAUCAGUUUACCGGGGACUAAUCCUUAUGCAGAUUAAGAUAUUUAUUUCUAUGUCUAAGAAAUUUGUUUUUCUAUAU